AUGUCCCCUGACCAACAGUACUGGCUUCCGGGGUACGGGCUGUCCCGACAUAUCGUCUUAGGGCAUAUCCAUUACUUCUUGGGCCCGACUGCGUCAGUCAGACCCUAUAGCUAUCAGGAACAAAUUGACGACCUCGCAACAAUGUCCCGGGAGUACGAAAGACAGGAGGCAGCUCGCAUGGCCCAUAACAAUGGCACCGCAACUUCCAGUCCAGGCACCGAUAAAUCAACCUAUCAUACCUCGCAUGAGACUUUUAUCAACGAGAUUAUCCCGAUAAGCACACCUGCUCCACGCAGACGUGAUCAAGAUUCGCGAGGUCGUUGA